AUGGAAGACGAUAGGUCUGCCCCGGGAAAAGUUAAGAAGAAAUCGACUCCCGCCCAUCGGAAGUCUCUGUCUUGCGAGUAUUGCAGCAGGUCCUUUGCGCGUCUGGAACACCUCCAACGCCAUCUCCGCACCCACACCAAGGAGAAGCCCUUCACAUGUGAUAUAUGCUCCAAAUCGUUUGCCAGAAGCGAUCUACUCGUACGACAUGAACGUCUAGUUCAUCCGGCUGAGGCUGCAGUCCAUCGAGAAAACCGCAAUCAUCACUCCCAUGAAGUGCCCCAGACGUCACCGACGAUCAUCCAACCGGUCCACCAUGAAUCCCGCAUGCUAGAGCUGGCAGAUGCUAUUCCGAUCCAAGCACAGCAGUCCGUUCCGGUCCCGCCGCCAGAGGUGCAGGUACAACCGCCACCGAUCGUGGAAAAUCCCCCGUUCAAUCACUCCUGGGGGUAUGAUCUAAACCUACUUUCCCACGCUGCGAGUCAUGUUGCUCUUGAGAGCCAGCAGGAGAGCCUUGAAUCGAUCCGGAAGUCCUCCCAGCCUCAGAACGUGGCCGGCCCGCCCCAACCGCUCACCCACAUCCCAGAAAGAGUCAUCAGUGAUAACUAUGGCGUGGAGCCGUCCAUCCUGGAUCUCACCGAUCUAGGGGACCCCGUUCAGGACUUUACGGUCUUUCUAGAGAGCGUUGGCCUCUCGUCGGACUGGGACUCGGGGGUCUUCUCCAGUGUCGAAGAACCGAUCGUCCCCACGUCCCUCCCCAUGGAGUCAAAAGCAACACCCCGCGACUCGAGACUGGGACCGGACAUGAUGAGUGAUCCGCGGACGGCCGACGAUCCCCCGUCGUUUUCGAAUUUCGGCUCUCGGCUGCCAUCUCUGCAACCCGAGCCACAUGAGGUGGAUGACCGCCUAGGGUUUGGCGAUGACGGCCCCCGUCCCGCGUGGGAUAUAUCCAAUAACGAUCGUCAAGUAUUUGUGUCCAAACUCGAGGGGUUCGCCUAUGUUCUGCCAAAGGGUUUUGUGCCCCCAACCAGACACGCCCUCUCCCGUUUCUUUGCCGGCUACAUCAACGGCCUCAACGAGCAUCUUCCCUUUAUCCAUGUGCCUACCCUCUCCGUUGCCAGGUGCUCCCCGGAACUUACCCUUGCGCUGGCUGCGGCAGGCUCCCACUAUCGCUUUGAGAACAACCGGGGUAUCGACCUGUUCCAUGCGGCCAAGGCCAUCCUGCUGGAACGGCUGCAGAGACGAGAUAGCAAGCAAGUGGCCUGCCCGUCGUGGAACUUCUUAUCCCCCCAAUCGGGGUUUCAUGAAUCUCGUGACUCCUCCAUGGUCUCAAACCAUCCUAGCAGCCCCUUCCAAUCACACCACUCCAUGCCUCACCCGGUCGACCACGCAGGAUACGCGCUGGAAGAUUCAGAUGCCCACAUGGAAGUAAUUCGAACCUUCCUGUUGCUCACCGUGUUUGCUUCUUGGGAGAGGCACCCUGAACUUUUGCGAGAAAUCCUUUCCCUUCAAAGUACCUUGGCCAGGCUCGUCCGGGAGCAUGGGCUGUCCGAGCCUCCGCCCAGUUCGGAUCCCAAUAACUGGGAAGAUUGGGUACGGCGGGAAGGUAACCGACGCACCAAGCUGAUCGUUUACUGCUUCUUCAACCUCCACUCCAUCAUGUAUAACAUUCCCCCCUUGAUCCUGAAUGCGGAGCUCAAACUGAACAUGCCCUGCUCUCACGAUAUAUGGAAGGCCAAUAAUGCAGUCCAGUGGCGACGGGUGAUCCGCAGUCGGCAGCCCCUAGAGAUCCCGUUUCAGGAAGCUUUUGCCAGGUUGUUCCUCAAGUCUAACCUACCCAGCUCGGCCGCGCCGAUCUCACCUCUGGGAAAUUACAUCCUUAUCCAUGCGAUCAUACAGCAGAUAUUCUUUGCCCGGCAACUGUGUCUUUCCGUGCCGAACAUGCACGGCACCAGCCUGCGACCAGAAGAUUUGUCCGCCCUGGACAGCUCAUUGAGCUCUUGGAAGGCAUUGUGGAAGCGGACUCCCGAAUCCAGCAUUGACCCCCAGAACCCAGCCGGCCCGAUUGCAUUUACCUCUACGGCCCUUCUGGGGCUGGCCUAUAUCCGACUGCAUGUGGAUCUGGGGCCCUGUCGAAACCUUAUCACUCAGGACCCGUUUCGGAUCGCUAGGGCUUUGAAUGAAUCAGCCCCGAUCUCCCGCAGUCCUCGUUUGAUCAUGGCCCUCCUACACUCUGCCCACGCCCUGUCGAUUCCUGUGCGACUGGGUAUUGACUUUGUGGCGAGGACCCAUUCGUUCUUCUGGAGUAUCCAGCACUCGCUCUGCAGCCUAGAAUGUGCCUUUUUACUGAGCCGCUGGCUGCUUUUGAUCCCGAUGACCCAGGCGGAGCAGAGACUAUCGGAUCAUGAGAGAAAGUUGCUCCUAUGGAUCAAGAGCAUGAUGGAUGAGACCGACAUGGCAGUUGAUCCACCUGGGGCUCCGGACAUGGAUUUCAUGGCCGACCCCUACAAGGUCAAGCAGUUGAGUGUCGCCAUUGUGCGCGUGUGGGCGCGGACCUUCAAGGGGAACACGAGCUGGGCGAUCGUCGACCUUGUCGGAUCCAGCUUGGACGCCUAUGCAGACCUCCUAGAGACCCAACUCUAGUGUCCGACCGGUCCUGGACAACUCCCCACGCUUCAAUAUUUCUUAUUCGUUUGGUUUCUUAUCUUUAUCUCCCCGUUCUUUCUUGCUUGCUGAUCGGUUGGUUUCUUUCUCUGGGUUUGGUGGAUCCUGGAUGAUACACGACGUCUCUGUAUACCCAUGUUCGUUCUGGAUGAGGUUUU